UCAAAUUGAAUUGGCUGGAUGAUUUUUAUUGCUUUAUGGCAACAAUAUUUGUUGUCAUUAGACAUGGUGGCCACCAAUUACAUUCUAUUUAUUGUCAUCAUCAUGAUGAUACAUGAACUGGUUGUGUCAAUAUCUCGUUUUUUUCUGUAAUUUGAUGAUGUGAUAAACUCCACCGACGACAACGACAACAAUAUAAAAAAUGAUGACAAGAGAGGCGAAAAAAAAAUCAAUUGAAAUUUCCUCUUUUCAUUCGACAUCGACAAUGACAAUUGAUAUGUAGAAAAAUUGAUUUGUUUCGCGCAUAAAAAGAGUUGGAAAAAACUUUAAAUUGAUUGAUGUGAUGAUCAAUUGAAUCGAUAAUCGAAUAGUAAUUUCUUCGAUUAAAUUGACAAUGAAAUAUCAAUGACAAAUUGAUGAUGAUAAAGCAUUUUUUUUGGCGCAAAAAUUUGAGUAAAAAAAACAAUUUAUUUUUGUAAUUUUUAACAAAAAAAAUAAAGUUUUCGUCCUCUAUGAACAAGAUUUUUGACCCGAAUACAAAAAAAAAAAUUCUGUCCAACAUGAUCAAAUGUUUGGAUUUUCGUAAAAAUAUUUGAUAAUGAAUGAAGAUCGACCGAUUCUAAUUUAUACAAAAUACUGAUCGAAUAGAAUAACAACAGAAUAAUGAAUUUGUUCCGUAAAUCAUUAUUUUUGUUGUUGUCGUUGUUGAUUGUCAUUAAUCAUCAUUCAUGUUUUGGAGCUGAUAAACAAAUACUAUUCGAUACUCAUAUCAAUGGUCUUAUUGCUGCCUUUAAUGAUUUUGAUUCAGAUCGUUUCACCGAUAUAUUUAUCAUUACUGACAAUGGUCAUUCAAUGAAAUUACUUAAAUCGCAAGAGGAUGAACCUGAUCUUCAACAAUGGGAUCAAAUAAAAUGUUCGUUUGAAAAUGAAAAAAUUACCGGCAUUAUACCGGCAGAUUUUUCUGGUGAUGCAAUCAUGGAUGUAUUGGUCAUUACUCAGCCAGAAUCAAUGGAACAAUUAUUCAAAAUAUGGAUUCUUCGUGGCAAUAAAACCCAUCUAGAAUGUAAAUCGACAAAAAAACCAUUGCUCGAUAAUGCAUUGGGCCAUCCUUUGAUACUUGAUUAUAAUGGUGAUAUGAUAACUGAUUUUCUAAUUGAAACCCGUGAUUGUCCAUAUGAAUUAUGGCUAAUGAAUUCAAAACAUUUUCGUGGUGAUUGCCGUCGUAAUCAAUUUGGUGAUACAUCACUACGAUUGCCACAUUCGAAUGCAUUUGUCAACAUUCGUAAUUGUCUGCCAGAUUCUUUGGAUUAUACGACUGAUAUAGUUAUAACGAAUAAAAAUCAUAUUGAAUAUUGGCUAAAUCGUGAAGGUUUUAAUGUGGAAAAUCGAAUAAAUAUACGAUAUCCAGAUGAAUCUUUGUAUACGAUUGGUCAAUCUGCUUAUAUCGAUCUCAAUAUUGAUGGUUGUAUUGAACAUAUCAUUGCUGCUUGUAAAAAAGUGGGAUUCUUUCAUACACAAUGUUUACCACAGAUCCUAUGGUAUGAUAACAAACAAAAUGAAUGGAUCAAUAUUGCUGAUUUUACCAAUCAUUCGAAAUUGUAUUUUGAAACAAUCGAUACUCAAUUUGGAAUACAAUUACCGAUCGCCAUUCGUUUUGGUGAUGUAGACAGUGAUGGUUAUGUUGAUUUAAUUACUGUGAUGAAAAACAAAACCGAAUCCGGCCGAAUCAAACAGAUUGCUGUCAUUUUACGUAAUAUUCGAGAUGAUGAUCACCCUAAUCGAAGAAAAUUUGUACUUUUUUGGACAAGUGAGAAAUUAAUCCCCGAUGAUGAUGUAGAAUUGGUUUCAUUUUUAGAUCUACAAGAGAAUGGAAAAUUGGACAUUAUUUUGACGACGAAAAAUUCAUCAAAUCAUUACAAUAUACAAUGGAUUUUAAAUACUUUUGUUGAUAAUUCCUGUUUCUUGAAAAUACUUGUCACGUCUGGAUUAUGUUCAGAAUCUUCAUGUCCAAAUGAAAAAGUUCCAUACGGUACAAAUCAAGCUGGACCAUUCGUGUGUUAUGAAACAUCCGACGUAAAUGGCCAUCUAAUGAAAGGAUGUUCAGCACAAUUAUCACAAUCAUCAUAUUUUGCUUUACAAAUGCCAUAUUCAAUAUUUGGAUUAGGUGAAACGCCAAAUUUUGUUGAAACCGUUAUUGCAUCGAUACCAAGUGGUGAUAAUCAACCGACUAGGAAAUCAAAAUGGACCCAAAUUGUACCAGAUGCACAAGUAGUACUGAUACCAUAUCCACCAAAUGAAACAAUGUAUUGGAUUGGUAAAUUAUUCUAUACACCAAGCAAUAUGAUAUCAUCAACAUUAGCUGCAUUGGCCAUUUUAUGUGCUGUAUUGAUUGUAAUAAUAUUCAUUUUACAUCGUAAAGAAGUAUUGGAAGAUUUAACCGAACAUGAAGAAUACAAAAGACAUUGGCCUGAAAGUAGAUGAUGAUAAUAAUAGUAAUUUCUUUUCGUAUUCAUCAAUGAUGUGUUUAUCUUAACAAUGACUAUUUUUU